UAUAGCCAUAGUCGUUACCAAUUACAUCCACGCUUUCUAUAGCUACUUAGUUAGUCGCCCUUCUCUUGUGAACAGUGUUGUGUCUGAUGAAAAACGAGCCGGUAAGUAACGUUCGUUCAAGCGCCAUUUUUGAAAUGGUUAACGUUAGCUAAUGUUAUACCGUAACGUUAGAGUUCGAGUUACGUAACGUUAGCUGACGUGACACAAAGCUGCCGGUGUCGAUGUGUGUCCUAAUGUCAGUGCUGUCGAAGAGUCGGUGACCAUUUAUCUACAACGGCUGAUAUCGUAAAACUUGAUCGUGCUAUGUUAAUAUCGUGCAUUUACUAGGUAGCGUUAAGUUGAUGCACACUUCGAGAGCAGUGCUCUGGAACAUUAGGAAGGUUUUACAAACAUGGCAGCAGAAGAGGAGAUUCAGCAACUGAAGAGCCAGCUGAGGGAGAGAGAUGAGCAGGUCCAUCAGGCUGCCCAAGCUGGUUUGGAUCUCCUCAACCAGCAGAUGGAAAUGCAGAACAGACUGGAUGAACAGAGAGUGGAGAUGACCAAUGCUCUGGAGGCCCUCGAGCAAGAAAAGUACUCCCUUCAGAAGGAAGUGGAGUUAAAGACUCGGAUGCUUGACUCACUGCAAUCAGACCACGACUGUAUGAAGAGCCAGCAGAGCCAGCAGCUUGAGGAUCAACAAGUACAUCUGGAGAGGAGCCACAGCACAGCACUCAAUGAGCUCAACAAGAAGAUGCGGAGUUUGCAGUCCGCCCUGGACGAAUCUCAUCUGAAUGAGCAGCAGCUGAAACACAAACUUGAGGUGCAGACUGAGACUCUGAAAAACAAGAUGGAGGAGCUACAAGCUUUAAAUGAGCACACCCAGAGCUCCAUGACAUCUGAGAUGAUAGAGGUGCAGAUGAAGAUCAUGGAGCUGGAGAACUAUAAAGUGGAGUUGGAGCAGACACUGCAGGAAUCUCAGUACAAAGAGCAGCAGCUGGAGCUGAGCAGUAGCAGCCUACAGCGCCACCUGGAGCAAAUCACUGAGGAAAAAGAGGAGCGAGAGAAGGAGGCUGUUUCCUGUUUUAAUGCAUUAGAGAAAUCUCGUGAGGCGAACCGAGACCUCCAGAUCCAGUUGGACCACGUUUUCCAGCAGGCCCAGGAUCCCAACAGCAAAGGGAACUCUCUGUUUGCAGAGUUGGAGGAUAAGCGUGUUCAGAUGGAGAGACAGCUCAUCAGUAUGAAGGUCCAGUAUCUGUCGCUGCAGAAACAAAACACCUUCAGCAAACAGCAGCUGCAGCGCAUGAAGGUCCAGGUAGCCACUCUGAUACAGCUUCACGGUUCCAGGGCUGAUCCUGCGCAGCUGGAGAGACUCCAGUCCAUGCUCUCAGAGAAAAAUGGAGAGAUCCAAAAUCUCCUGACUAAACUGCAGAGACUUGAGAAGGUGGAGAUGAUGUUGAAGUCUCAGCCAGCCAAUCCUGCUCCAGCAGAAAGUGGCGACGUCCAAGAUGAGACCUACUACACUGACCUGCUCAAAAUGAAGCUCAACAACACUGUUAAGGAUGCAGAGCGUCUGGGGGAUGAGCUUUCCCUGCAGAGGAUGAAAUCUUUGUCAGAGAGCCAGAGAGCUUUAGAGCUGGAGAGGAAACUCUUCUCAUCUGAACGGCUCCUCAAAAAGACUCAGAGUGACAAGAUUAAACUGCAACUACGAGUAGAAGACCUACAACACAAGUAUGAGCCGGAAGAUAUAAAAAAUAAUCUGAUCCUGAAGAGAAAGAAAGAGAAGUUCCCUGUUGACAUGUUACCCUGCUCUGAGAAACCAACACCUGACGAGGGAGAGCAAGUCCUUGCUGUGAAGAUGGGUGUCACAACGACUGCACAUCCUGAAGCGGGUACUUCUCAUACAGCUGAGGCAGUGAGCUCCACACAAGAGCCCGAGCCUCGGCCUGCAAAGUGUGUGAAGAUCAGUGGAGACGAGCCUGUAGUGAUCCCCAUCCCCAGCUUUCCUGUGUUUGACCAUAACGACGUGGGAAGCGAGGAGAACCCGCAGCAGAACAAGAGAGAGGAGAAAAGAAGGAAACAAAGAACAGUGGAGAUGAUCCACGUCAACUCUCACAGCAGUAUGGAGAGCCAGUGUGCGCAGCAGUAGUUUGUGUGCGUGUGUCUCUCCCUGUGUCCCAGUGUGUGUGUGUGGGGGGGGGUUGCCUUCAUUCAAAUAUUUCUAUAUUUUACACAAUUCUCUUUUUUUUCCUGUGACUUCACUGUAUGUCUCCUCUUUACUGUCAAUAUAUUUAAAUCUUGUAGUAUUAAAAUAUUUGCAUUAUACAGUA